UCCCUGAGUUUCUUCAAUAUUUACAAAAUAUCAUAUGAUCACUUAUCGCAUACACCGCCUCAUUUCGUCUGCACUAUUGCAAGGUGCAAGCAGCGACAUAUGCACACCAAACGUACAUAACCGUUUAGAUCGAGUGUUUGUCACGUUCGCAUUUUCUUUAACUAUUGUACUUUUUAACUUAAAACGUGUAAACUCAAAUCUCACUCGUGCAAUGACAUCCUGUGCGGUUUCAAUGGUCCCUAAAUGUUUAAUCAGCAGUUUUUGCAACAGCCACAUCCGCUGAUAAUAACUUGAUGAGUAUGUGAUGUGUUGAUAUAUACUCACUUUAUACAUUCUGUUUUACACAUCAUGGAAUGGAAUCAGGAUGGUUUUGUGCCACCGGAUGGUGGCUAUGGCUGGAUCAUUGUUAUUGCAUUUGUUGUUAUUAAUUCAUGUCUACUAAACUUGACACAAUGUUUUGGAAUUAUUUAUCACAGCCAAUAUGAUGUGUUGGGGUUAACUGGAGCAAAAGUUUCGUUUUUGCUACAUUUGUACAAUUUUAUAAUGUGUGCAUUAGGUAUCAUAAGCGGUCCACUCUUGAAACGUUUCGAUUAUCGUCAGGUUUCGUUCCUUGGAAGUUUUCUCAUGUGUUUGGGGACAUUCUUAACAGCUUUUUCAAAAAGUUAUGAAGCGCUGCUAUUCACCAUUGGCAUUUUAAUAGGCACUGGACAAGGCAUCUUGAUGCCUGGAAUGUACAUCGCGGUGAAUUCGUAUUUCAAGAAACGUCUGACGUUGGCCAUCAGUCUGCAAGUCACUGGUGCUAGUUUGUCACAAAUUUUCAUGCCACAGGUUUGUGACUGGCUGGUAAAAAACUACGGUGUUCACGGGGCUGUGUUGAUUUUGGCUGCUAUUUCUUUCAAUGCUCUUCCACUCACUAUUUUAUUACGUCCUAUGGGAAAGAAGAAGUCUAAGUCAACGAAUGAGAAGACAGAUGAUACACACGUGUCCGAGAGGUUGUUGUCGCCUGUCUAUCAGGAAACAACGUACCGCGUGACGAAGAACAAGCGCAGCCGGAUCAGCGAGUUUGCUAGAAUGCUGGAUUUAGGUUUGUUUGGCGAUCGUGUAUACGUGAUCAUCGUCAUCGGCAUGGGCGUCUCGUUCGCAUCGGAAUUAAACGUGAUCCUAAUGAUGCCGUUCAUUCUGCGCGAGCUGUCGCACUUCAAUCAGGACAACACCGCGAACGCAAUGAGCGUGCAGGCAUUUGCCGAUAUAAUUGGUCGGCUGGCAAUUCCCUUCAUUGCAUAUCGUCAGGAUGUGCCACCUAAAAUUAUGUACCUGCUUUCAUUAACUUUAUCAUGUUUUGGUAGAACUAUAUUAAGUGUCUUUUACGAACAACCGUCCUUAGUCUUUACUGUGUCGGCCAUUUUGGGUCUGGCCAAGGGAAUGAAGGCUGUGUUUCAAUCCGUUAUCAUACCAAAGUUUGUCAGCAGAGAGAAACUCGCGGCUGCAACAGGUUUAUCAAUGGUUUCCAAUGGAAUUUUGUCUUUAAUCAUUGGUCCUUUAAUUGGUUGGACUCAUGAUAUAAGUGAGUCAUACAUCUACACAUUGCAUGUGGCGUCAGUGUUGUCGCUCUUUUGCAUCGUGCUGUGGACGGCAGAGUUUCUCUGCACAUCACGUUUAAGAUUAAAACGUGUUGAGACUGUCGAAGUCAACGAAGUAAACCAAGAAAAUAAUGUGAACACGAAAUGAUUCACGCUGUAUAUUCUCUUUCAUCAAUUUAUUACCUUUUUCUACCCCGUAUUGUAUAUAACAAAUGAGAGUUUACGGAAUAUUAUAUAGACUUUUACUACAUUUAUAACUUUAGUAAUAAUAAAUAUUUAAACAAA